CUAAAAUCACUGAGGCGUUCAAUUUGUGUUUCUUUUUUUUUGGCCACUGUGAAGCCAUGGCUAUAAGCAAAACUAUUGUAGCUCAGACUGUCAGAGGGCUCAUUGCGUGAAUCUGUGUGUAAUAAGUGCGGUGCCAUAAAUUCCACAAUUCAACUUACAAACAAGAAAAAAAAAUUUGGUAUUGAUUUUCCCGAAGUGAGAGAAUAUGCGAAAAAAGAAAUAUAUUUUCCAGCGCAUUACUUUGCACUGAUAGUGGGGAAAAUCACGAAGAAACGGACAAGGAAAAGUGGAAACUAUAAAAUGCAAGUAGUUAUCAGUAAAUGUUGAAGGAAAGACUGGAAAAUCGUUUUAUUAUCAACGGAAAUUUUUGUAUUUAAUUAAAAACCAUUAAAGUUUUAAAAUGAAGGUCAUGAGUUCGUGGCAGCUUGGCCGGAGGAAGCCAUUACCAGUGGGUCUUCUAUACAUCCUAGUCACAUUGCUCUGCAUCUUGGACUGUCAAGGAGGAGAUGUGACAUCACCCACCAAGAAGUCAGCUCCCCUUCGAAUAACCAAACCGCAGCCCACAAGUCAACAGGCCAAGCCCAUCAGUAUUACCACAAAGGCACCAACAACAACGGUGACCCAAACCACCGAUGAUGGCAUCUUCAGCUCCAGUUCUGUUGAUGGUCAACUGGCUCCACUCAUCUCAUCCACAACUGAGAUGUCCAGCAGUGGAACAACUGCCAGCUUAGUGCCGGAAAUAUGUCUGAAUGGUCUACAGUUGACCAUCAACAGUCCGGAUGAGGGAAUGGUGAUACGGAAACAGGAGGAGUUUGUCAAGAUACUCGAAGGCGAUGUGAUGCUCAGUGUUCUGACCAAGGAUCCCGACUCCGCAUUGUUCGUAAUCAAUCGAGUGAACCAAGCGAAUCUCAUAAUGGCAGACUUUGAAAUUGGAAUUCGAGCAAUCAGCAUUGACAACGCCAGCUUGGCAGAAAAUGUUCUCCUCCAAGAGGUUCAGUUUUUGCAGCAAUGCACUGCGUACUCCAUGGGCAUUUUCCUCGACUGGGAGCUGUACAAACAACUAGAGUCGGUUAUCAAGGACUUAGAGUACAAUAUCUGGCCAAUACCAGGAACACGAGCCCAUCUCUUUCCCAAAGUGGCGCAUUUGCUGCAUCAGAUGCCGUGGGGGGAGAAAAUCGCAUCCGUGGAGAUUGCCACCGAAACUCUGGAGAUGUACAACGAAUUCAUGGAGGCAGCCCGUCAAGAGCACAUGUGCCUGAUGCACUUCAAAAGUGACGAGAACGUUUACAUAAUGUUUGGCAAUAAGCUGGCCAGUCACUUCAAGGAAAAUGGCACUCUGUUUUCCGUGCCCACCGAUCGAACGGACGAUGAAUUUUUGGCAGAUUUACCAAACAGAGCCUUUGUACUAAUGGAGAACGAAAUCGACCUGAGCACCACCACCGAACUGGACGCUACACCCUCCUCGCUUGACGAGAUUCUAAUCGGGAAAAGUGUAGUGCCAUCGCGAGUCCUAAGCUUCGCUGGUUCUAUUAUCGACCUAAUGAACUGGCUACGUGGAUCCCUGUCCAAGCACUGUAAGCGAGAUGAAGAACAUGAUCUGUAUGUGCUGGAGAGUUGCUUUAACUUCCUAAACUUCAUCGAGGAUUGGAGGACAUCGGAGUAUCGUCAGGCUCACGAAACGGCUGAGAUCCUGUCACUGCUGGUAAUGCGAAAACUGGGAACAGCCAUGAACUUUCAGAUGUAUCAGAAAAAAGUCUUAACCCUGGAUAAGAUUACGGGUGAAUCCCGUACCGAACUGCGUGAGAUUGCUUCGCAGAACUUUGUGACCAAUGUGACGACUUACUACCACUACAAUAGGGAUAAUCACACCAGUUUGGAGCUAAAGACCAAGUUUGGUCAGGUCUUCAAUUGCCAAUACAGUGCUGGCGAUAAUAGAAGAUAUCCAUUCCUUUUCGAUGGCGAAUCUGUGAUGUUUUGGCGCAUCAAGAUGGACACAUGGGUGGCAACUGGGCUGACGGCUGCUAUAUUGGGCCUGAUUGCCACGCUGGCCAUUCUGGUGUUCAUUGUGGUGCGCAUCUCCUUGGGCGAUGUUUUCGAAGGCAAUCCAGCUACCUCCAUCCUACUUCUGCUUUCCCUCAUCCUGGUCUUCUGCUCCUUUGUACCCUUUUCAAUAGAAUAUGUGGGUGAACAGCGGAAUUCACAUGUGACCUUCGAGGAUGCCCAGACUUUGAAUACCCUGUGCGCCGUGAGGGUGUUCAUUAUGACACUGGUCUACUGUUUCGUGUUCUCCCUGCUCCUCUGCCGAGCCGUGAUGUUGGCUUCAAUUGGCUCCGAAGGUGGCUUUCUGUCUCACGUUAAUGGCUAUAUCCAGGCAGUGAUUUGCGCCUUCAGUGUCGUCGCUCAAGUGGGAAUGUCCGUGCAACUUCUGGUCGUGAUGCACGUGGCCUCGGAGGCAGUUUCCUGCGAGAAUAUCUACUAUGGCCGUUGGUUGUGGGGCCUACUGGCCUAUGACUUCGUGCUACUAUGUUGUGUGGGCGCUUUGAUACCCUCUAUAUACCGAUCCCAACGGAAUUAUCGCGAGGGAAUACUUAUUGUCAUUGGAUCGGUUCUUAUUAUGGUCAUUUGGGUUGCCUGGAUAGCAUUAUCCUUGUUUGGAGAUGAGUGGCGUGAUGCUGCCAUUCCCUUAGGACUUCAGGCCUCUGGCUGGGCAGUACUAGUGGGCAUCCUGAUACCGCGCACCUUCCUUAUCGUAAGGGGUAUCGAGCGGUCGGAUAUUGCCCAGGCCUUGCCAUCACUGACCUCGCUGGCGUUUGCCCAGAACAAUCAGUACUCAUCGGAACAGAGUGUCUACGAGUGCGUUAAUCCUGCCAUGCGUCACUGUUCGCAGGAGGAGGUUAACCACCAGUCGCCCAGUGAGAUUCCCACGUUACCCCUGCGAGGAGGUGGACCACGUCGACAGCAGUUUUUCGCCAAUCUCCGCCAGGCCAAUGCCAAUAUCAAUCCCCAACGUCCUCCUCCACGACCCCAGCAGAGUCCAUCCCGGUCUUCGGUAUCCUCGUUGCCGCCCUCGCCCGAUCACAACAAGAUCACCCGUUUCUAGCCCAUUUUUUAAUAAUGUGGCAUGUCUAGUCAAGGCUCCCAGAACGUGAAUUCAGCUAAGAACUGUCCAACAUUUUGAAUCACUGACGAACCAAGAUCUUAUGGAAGUUGAUAUAAUAAAUCGAUAAAAGUUUUAAUCCCAA